AACCUACGCGACCGACGACCACUCCCGUCUGCGCCCUAACCCUCCAUCCUCCCCAGAGAUCUUCGAUACGCCGCUACUCCAUCUCGACCUGCAUCUCCACAAUCACACACCAAUGGACAGUCAUCCAUUAUAUGCGCUGCUGCCGCUGGUCAACUCGCCCGCUGCAGCAGCAGACUUUGUUGUUCGCGCGACCUCGGCGCCGGAUCUCUUCUCGUUCGCAUACCUCGUCCACCACCCGUCGCUCACGCAGCAUCUCCCGCCGCCAGCCUCCUCCCUCCUGCGCAUCUUCGCCAGCGGCACAUGGGCAGACUACAAGGCCCUGACUGAUGCGCCUUCUCUCUCAGACGCGCAGGCAACAAAGCUCAAGCAACUCACGCUCGUCUCGAUGGCCUCCGCAGCGCACAAGAUCCCCUACGCGACACUGUACUCGUCGCUCGAUCUCGCCGACUCGCGCGCGCUCGCGUCCCUCGUCGUCUCCUGCGUGUACUCGAACCUGCUCUCGGCCACACUCGACACGCGCGCGCAGAUCGUCAGCGUCAGCGCCGUGCGCGCGGGUCGCGAUGUGGUUGAUAAGCGCGGCGUCGAGCAGCUCAAGACCGUGAUUGAUACAUGGAGCGAGCGGUGUCGGGCCACGAUUGAGGAACUUGCGCUCGAGGCGCGGAAAGCGCGCGAGGCGAGUAUCAAGCAGAGCAAGGACGUGCGGGAGUAUAACCGCGUCGUCGACCAGAUCAAUGCACAGAUUCAGUCUCAGUCUGGUCGGACGGGCAAGGGCGGAAGUGGGCAUGGGCAUGGACAUGGACAACAGAAUUGGAACGGGAACGGUUCUGAGGAGGUGGAUGGAGAACCAAUGGACUUGGAUGCCACCAGUCCACUGAGCGAUUCAAGUUUGAACAAGAAACGCAAACAAAGAACAGUCUCAUAGCGAUUACACCACAUCAUAGCAUAGAUAUUAAUACGCUGCAUUAUAAUAUACUAUCUAGAAUCACCAACCCUCUUCUAAAAUUACACAUGUCCGACCAUUAAACAUAACUAAA